CUGUUUUUUUAUCUUGACAGCCGCCACUCGAUGGCGCUUGUGCUCUCUGCCUCAGCGCUCUGCUGUUCACAGAUCAGAGAGACUAAAGUGAAAGGAAAAACACUCCUGUUCUCUCUCGCGAUCGGAUCAUGAACAGAGUCAACAGGAGAGGACACAACGAGCAGCUUUUCGUUGGUCAUCUGAAGCUGAAGGAUUUGAAGGAGCAAGACGGUUUGAACAACCGGUACCUCUUCAAAGACCACAUCCCAGCGUACCCCCGACCAGAGUUUCAUGUGUCUCAUCUGAAACACGACACUGACAGAGUGGGAUUACGUGGGAUCAGGAGGGACGGUGGCUUCAGGAACCCGGCUGAUGGCUCUCUGCUGUGGUGGAGUCUGGUUGUGGGAUCUGAUGAGAUAAGGUCAGCUGAGAGGAGGCUCCUGGAGACCACCUACCCAGACCGGACAGAGGAGCAGGCCCAGAAGCAGCAGAGCUUCCUGGAGAAGUUUGCAACCUCCCCAGUCUUCAUGGAGUCCUCCAGGCUGGGCUCGUACCGCUUCACCUUCCCCCUGGAGGAGGUUCUGAAGGCCUACAGAGACCAGUUUUGUUCCGGUGCUCAACCCGUCAUGAGGGUGUUCAGGACCGUCCUGUACAAACAGGAAGUGAUGUAUGCGGUGCUGGUCCACCGCCCGGCCAAUCAGCAGCUGUUCUCAGACCUUCCUCUGCUGACUGACGACCCAAACUCUGUGUGCACUUACAGAGACGGACACUUCAUCUGGAGGUCUGAGGCCAUGUGUGAGACACACAGAUAUAAGUUGCUCCGGAGAGAUGAUGAGAAGCAGAUGGAAGCGGAGGAGCUGGCGUACCAUCAUCAGUUUUAUGUCUGGCAUCACGCCGCUGUCGCCAUGCACGUGGAGGACAGCGACUCAAACUGGUUAGGGUUAGGGUGAGAAUGAUGAAAGACAGACAGACAGACAGACAGACAGACAGACAGACAGACAGACAGGCCGGCAGUCAGGUAGACAGACAGACAGACAUACAGACAGACAGACAGUUCUCUCACAGUGUUUUUUCCUGACAUCCUCUGAUCAAACUGAUUGAUAAUUUGAGUUAGCAUUUAGCAUGGAUGCUAACAACACUGGAGCAUCAGCUCCUCCUGAACUCUGGAAACAUCUUUCAUUCAAAGCUCGUCAUCUUCUUCUGGUUGUGGCUCUGGUUGUGGUUCUGGUUUAGGUUGUGGUUCUGUUUCAGGUUCUGCAGUUCGAUGCUGGCCAACUGAGAACCUGACGUUCUGUGAUGAAGGACCAGUUACGAUAAAGGGUUCUUCUUUUGAACCGUUUGUAGGAGCUGCAGACAUUGUUAAAGAGCUGUGGCCCAACUGUCUCUCUCCACUGAAGAGAGCUGGAUGAAGAGCCGGCAGGGAUACAAUAUAAUAUGCUCAGGGUGGGCGGGGCCUAAACUGGACCUGUCUACCUCAAUCGUCAUGAUUCUGACUUUAAUAUUUUUUUAUGUUCUUUACAUGUAUUGACCUUUUUUCUGAGUUUACGUCUUUAAGUCUUUUUUAUAGAACUUUUAUUUAUUCUGCCACCUGUUCAUAAUGUUGGAUAAAAUAAAAACAAGAAAUGUAAUAACUGAGAUAAAGGACAUAAUGUGUUUGCAGUUACAUACUAACAAGGACCUUUUUAUUAAAAACAGUUUAAACUGUUGUUUUACUUUAUCAACGGAAACAACAUCAAAUUAAAGUUCCACAUUUGUACAAAUUAUCAGCUGCAGUUUCUUUCUAUGAUGUUAUAAAACGACAUUGAUCUGAACGGAGUUACUUUAAUAUCGGCUCUCACUACGGAAGCCAAAGGAUUCUGUUACAAACGUCCUCAAAAUAUUAAUAAAGUCUCUGGUUGUUUUGAUAGAGUUUGUUUCCAGCUGUUGUCAGUUUCUGUGUGAGACAAUAAAAGAUAGAACUGAAACUGAGACAUUUCAAUUCAAUUCAGUUUUAUUUGUAUAGCACCAAUUUAUAACAGAAGUUAUCUCAGGACACUUUUCAAAUAGAGCAGGUCUAGACCGAACUCUUUAAAACAUUAAUUACAGAGACCCAACAGUACCACCAUGAGAACUUGGAGACAAGGGCAAGGAAACACUGCCUGUUAAGAGGCAGAAACCUAGGACAGAUCCCGACUGAGAGAGAGAGAGAGAGAGACAGAGAGAGAAAGACAGACAGAGAGAGAGAGAGACACAGAGAGAACAGAGGUAAAGACAGAGACAUUUCACAGUGUGAGUGUAUUAUAACACACUGGUUGUGUCAGUUGCAGUACUUCAGUACAUGUGAACUGGGUCACUGGUUACUCAGAAUGAAUUUAAACUCCAGCGAGGACCAGCAGGUUGCAGCACGUGAUCCUUUGUCCUGAAACCAUCAGUCACUCAGAGGACAGCAGCGGUGGAGAGUAAAGUUGGAGGUACUUGUACUGAACCAAUCAAUAGUCUGGAUGGUCUCCGGUGUCUUUCAUUAAUGCACACACGUUUUAUUGAUCAUUAAAUAAUAUAACAUAAAAUUCUCACAGAGUUUGUGAUCAGAAGAUAAACACAACAAAAGAUCAACACUUACACACUUUCUAUAGCCGACCAGCGUCAUUUAAUUCAAUUAGCUGAACGAGCUAACUAGCUAAUGGCAGCUAACAUUUCCAUUAGCAGAAAUUAGCUUACUUUACUUAUCAUCAAGUCCAUCAGGAAACUCCAUAAAUCACCUCGGUACCGCUGUCGUCUCGGAGGGUUGUGUUCACUGGGAGGCAGCUGAGCCCCGUUCGGUUGCACGCUAACGGCAAUGCAGCAGUUAGCAGAGUCAGAGGGGAAUACAGACAAUAUUCUCUCCAUAAAAUAAGAUCCAGUUUCACCCAAAUCACUGAUAAAGUUGUUUGUACAGUGUUAAUAAAGUUGUGUGUUUGUACAGUGUUAAUAAAGUUGUGUGUUUGUACAGUGAUAAUAAAGUUGUGUGUUUGUACAGUGUUAAUAAAGUUGUGUGUUUGUACAGUGAUAAUAAAGUUGUGUGUUUGUACAGUGUUAAUAAAGUUGUGUGUUUGUACAGUGAUAAUAAAGUUGUGUGUUUGUACAGUGAUAAUAAAGUUGUGUGUUUGUACAGUGUUAAUAAAGUUGUGUGUUUGUACAGUGUUAAUAAAGUUGUGUGUUUGUACAGUGAUAAUAAAGUUGUGUGUUUGUACAGUGAUAAUAAAGUUGUGUGUUUGUACAGUGUUAAUAAAGUUGUGUGUUUGUACAGUGUUAAUAAAGUUGUGUGUUUGUACAGUGUUAAUAAAGUUGUGUGUUUGUACAGUGUUAAUAAAGUUGUGUUUGUACAGUGUUAAUAAAGUUGUGUGUUUGUACAGUGUUAAUAAAGUUGUGUGUUUGUACAGUGAUAAUAAAGUUGUGUGUUUGUACAGUGUUAAUAAAGUUGUGUGUUUGUACAGUGUUAAUAAAGUUGUGUGUUUGUACAGUGAUAAUAAAGUUGUGUGUUUGUACAGUGUUAAUAAAGUUGUGUGUUUGUACAGUGAUAAUAAAGUUGUGUGUUUGUACAGUGUUAAUAAAGUUGUGUGUUUGUACAGUGUUAAUAAAGUUGUGUUUGUACAGUGAUAAUAAAGUUGUGUGU